AAGACUCCGUCUCAAAAAAAAAAAAAAAAAGAAAAGAAAAAUUAAUGCAAAAGAGACAAAUGACCCAACAGAAAAACAGGCCAAGGCUGUAGGCAGGUGAUUGCCAGGAAGAGAAACAGAGGCGAGGAGCUAAGGGCAAAUAGGGAGAUGGGGAGAGGGAGGAGACACAAGCAUGAAGGGGUCAGAGAUGGGUCAACGCAGGCAGCACCUGCAGGCACAGCAGCCAGGAGCGAGGUGAGCAGAUGGAGGGAAGUCAGGGAGACCCGGGGGAGGGCUGGACAUGGGCGAUGCUGGCCAGAUGGGUGGCCAGGGUGGGGCUGGGGAAAGAUGACCAGGCUGGGUUCUCAGGCCCCGGGCAGCUGGGGCAUGGAGGGAGCAGGUCCACAUCAAAGGGGUCAUGCUACCAGCAGCUGGCAGGGCCCCACCCUUCCCCGCUCAGCCAGGCUUUGCCCUUUGAUGUGUACAGGGGGAGGGGGUUCUGGGUCCCCUGGGCUUCCCUGCCCACUCCCCACUGGGCCCUCAGUGCUGCCAGGGCUGGCCCAGCCACCCGGCUUGGGGGAGGGAUAGAGUGGAGGGUGGUGGCUUGAGGCUCCCGAUGUGGAGUCAGAACCAGGGAGGAGGUCUCCCAGUUGGAGGAGUAGUGGAGACAUAGGCUUGUGUCCCCAGUGCCUAUGAGGACAGAGGGGCCUGCCUGGGCCAUACCACUCUCAAGCUGGGAUAGUCUUGGCCCCGUCAGACCCACUACACAGAGGGGCAAACUGAGGCCCGGAGUGGCCGGGGGAGGUGGUCUUUACGGAGGUGCAGCCCACCAGCACCCUCACCCUUCUCUCUCCUGGCUCCUGGGCCCUGCAGGGGGAGGGAGCAAAGUGGGAACAAGGGAUGAGAGGCAGACAAUGGGUAGCCGGUCCCCCAGCAUCCUCCACCCCUCCCCACAGUACUUCUGGCUGUUGGUCCUGUCCCGGGGGCUGGUGGGCAUCGGUGAGGCCAGCUACUCCACCAUCGCCCCCACUAUCAUUGGCGACCUCUUCACCAAGAACACGCGUACGCUCAUGCUGUCCGUCUUCUACUUCGCCAUCCCACUGGGCAGUGGCCUGGGCUACAUCACUGGCUCCAGCGUGAAGCAGGCAGCCGGAGACUGGCACUGGGCAUUGCGGGUGUCCCCUGUCCUGGGCAUGAUCACAGGAACACUCAUCCUCAUCCUGGUCCCGGCCACUAAAAGGGGCCAUGCUGACCAGCUCGGGGACCAGCUCAAGACCCGGACCUCAUGGCUCCGAGAUAUGAAGGCCCUGAUUCGAAACCGCAGCUACGUCUUCUCCUCCCUGGCCACGUCGGCUGUCUCCUUCGCCACAGGGGCCCUGGGCAUGUGGAUCCCGCUCUACCUGCACCGCGCCCAAGUUGUGCAGAAGACAGCGGAGACGUGCAACAGCCCGCCCUGUGGAGCCAAGGACAGUCUCAUCUUUGGGGCCAUCACCUGCUUUACGGGCUUUCUGGGUGUGGUCACGGGUGCAGGAGCCACGCGCUGGUGCCGCCUGAAGACCCAGCGGGCCGACCCACUGGUGUGUGCCGUGGGCAUGCUGGGCUCUGCCAUCUUCAUCUGCCUGAUCUUCGUGGCUGCCAAGAGCAGCAUUGUAGGGGCCUAUAUCUGUAUCUUCGUCGGGGAGACACUGCUGUUUUCUAACUGGGCCAUCACUGCAGACAUCCUCAUGUACGUGGUCAUCCCCACCCGGCGGGCCACUGCUGUGGCCUUGCAGAGCUUCACCUCCCACCUGCUGGGGGAUGCCGGGAGCCCCUACCUCAUUGGCUUUAUCUCAGACCUGAUCCGCCAGAGCACCAAGGACUCCCCGCUCUGGGAGUUCCUGAGCCUGGGCUACGCGCUCAUGCUCUGCCCCUUCGUCGUGGUCCUGGGUGGCAUGUUCUUCCUCGCCACCGCUCUCUUCUUCCUCAGCGACCGCGCCAAGGCUGAGCAGCAGGCUCUCCCACCUCCCCCUGGGGCUGACGAGGUCCCUGCCCAGCACCUCCGGUCAGCUGGCCCCCAGGACGCGAUGUGCCAGAGCAGUGCCCGGGCCCGGCCCCCGCUGAUGCGCCGCCCUGACCCCCGCCCGUCUCUCCCCCAGGGUGAACCAGCUGGUGAUGCCACCCGCAUCUGUGAAAGUCUGAGGUGGUGCCAUUGGGACAAUGAAGAACUCACAUUCCCACCUCGUCCGGGAGGUGUCCUACAGCGUCCGGGACCGGCUGGGCUGCCCCAAAGCUUUGUGUGUGAUCCACGGCUGGGCAUCCCCCCUCUCUGGCCUGGGCCUGCUGAGUGGCCCUGGCAUCAAGAAGAGGCUGUGUCCUCAGUUACCCUGGAAGGAUGUGUGUGUUGGAGCCACAUGGUUGGACAGAUUCCCAGCCCUAGGUUUGGGCUGCAGGGCCCCUGGGGCCAAGGAAGAAGACAGCCCCAAGUGGGUGUCCGGGGAGAGCCUGGCCUGCCACCAGCUUAUGUGAUCUUGGGCAAGUCCCUGCCCUCCCUGGAACGAAGGGCCAGGGGGCCAGACUUUCCCACACAACUUGCUGGGCAAAGCAGGAUCUGCAGCUUUGAAGACUCAACAGACCCUGGACCUUACAAAGAGCAGGUGGCCCAGGCCUCCGGGCAGCAGUCCCGGCUUUGAGGCUCACGUAAGGGCCUGGUGUGCGGGACCACUGCUUCUCAGCUGGGCCCCAGACCUCGGGGAUAUCGGACUCAACCUGGCAACUGAAGCUGGGCACCCAAGUCGCUGGGUACUCCCUGGCCUGGCUGGUCUCUCUGGAGGACACUAUCUCGGGUUGGCUCCUAGCCUGGAGGUCCCAGAUGGGGACUGUUCUGACAAGCUGGCAUCACCAGGGGUGAAGGCCCUGGCUGCAGCUGUACACCACCUGUGCCCCCAGGCUCGAGGGCUCUAGGAGGGACACACCAGCCCACCUCUGCAGGACUCCUCUCCCUGCCACCAGCCCCCAAGCCAGGAACCCACUCCCUCCCUGAGGCUGAGCCAAGCCUUUUCCAGGGGCAGGGCCCAGGAGACCAUUCCCAGAAUCCGUGGGGCAGCAGCCAGGGCUCCGGCUGCUGGAGGAAGCAGCUAUCCACAAAGCUUCCUGCCCCAGAGCUGAGGCCGAGGCCCCCGGGAGACGCCAGCCCCUACCCGCUGGUAUUCCACCAAAUGACCCUGGGGGCCAGGCCUUCGAUCACCCACGUCCCAUCCGUGCACACACCGGGAUGCGGCUGCCAACUUCACACCAGCCCCAACCCGCUUUGGGGGAGCUUACCUCCUGCGUCACACACUCCCUGCGCAUCUGCUGCAAUCGAGGUGGUUCUGGUGCGGGGGGGGCCUUGUGGCCAACAGGAGGCCCCAAGAGCCGGCUUGGACAAUGCUCUUCUUGCCCCUUAGUUACUGGCUGGCUGUGGCUUCAGUGGUGUGUAAGCUAGUGGAACACCCACCCACCAAGCUCUGGGGUCCCCUGGGGGUCUGACAAGAGGAUGGGGUGGGGGUGGUAUCCCCCAAAGACCAGCCUCCACCCCCACUCCAGCCUCAGCCUCAGUGGGGCCCCAGCCAUGUUUUCUUGUUGUACAAGAACCAGGUCCGAGUGUUGCCUCCUCUUCCUUCCGGAAGCCAAACUGCUCCUUUAUUUUUUAGGGCUGCUGAUUGUGAAUCUCAGAGUCUUAAGAGAGAAGCCAAAUAUAUUCCUCUUGUAAAUGAAGAAAUAAACCUAUUUAAAUCA